AACGUCGGAGUAAAGUACCGAGGAGGGAAAUGGUGUAUAAGUGCCUCCCCGGGUAUUUUUGGCGGACGUAUCUGGCCGAACCACGAGCCCUUGACGCGUGUUCUGCCUUUUGAACGCAGUAGCCGCCGAUUACCCGUCGCGGCGAUGUUCGUUCGAUCGCUAGAUCCUGCGGGAGCGUAGCACCCCUUUGACGACAAGCAUGGAGAACAACUCAACGCAAGGAACAGCUUACGUUAGACAUCGCGGAUGGCACGUGAGAAAGCGAAUCGCGGUGGUGAUACUCAUCUGUGUCGGUUCGAUGAUCAUUUACUGGUUCGUCAGUUCGAGCAUGGAAAAUCGGCGGGAUAGUAGACACAGGGGGUCGACCGGUGGGAAGCCUCGUAAAAUGGCCCAUUUGGAGAGGCUGUCCGAUCAGGUUUUACCGUUAGAAUACACUUUGAAAAUAUUGCCCAUACUAGAAGAAAAAAAUUUCACGAUGAUUGGUGACGUACAAAUUCAGUUUUAUUCCAAAGUACCUACUAAGCAUAUACGAUUUCAUGCCCAUAAACUCUCCAUAGAAAAUAUUAGCGUGGAGGAAUAUCGUUCGAUGAAUUCAUCGAAUAUAACAAACACAUACAUUAACGAAUACGUCAUGACGGAUGACGGAGACUUUAUUGACGUGUUCUUUUUACAUCUACUGAUAGCAAGAGAGACCUAUAUUUUAAAAAUAAAAUAUAUAAUUCCGUUACGUGAAGAGCCAAGAGGAUUUUUUAGGAGCGCUCACGUAGAUCAUGCUACAAACGAAACUAGAUGGAUAGCCGUAUCAAACUUUUCUCCAGACUACGCUCGAAGAGCUUUUCCAUGCUUCGACGAACCGUGGAUCAAGACACCAUUUCGCAUUUCGAUUGGCAGAAAAUUUAAUAUGAGAUCGCAUUCAAAUUCGAUGCGUAAAUUCACCGAGGAAAUACAUGGCAUGCCAGGAUAUGUCUGGGAUCAUUACGAAAAAACCUUUCGGAUGCCUACUUACGUGGUCGCCUUUAUGGUCACUGAUUUUUCAAGUUAUGACAUUGCUGUCAACGAUCGACCAUCGCAUACGAUCUAUUCCAGAAAAGAGAUCGCAAAUGAUACAAAAUAUAUCGGCAAUUUAAUAUCAAAAAUUGUUCGUGCAAUACAAAACCUUACCGAUUGCUAUUACGAAUUAGAUAAGUUAGAUGUGAUCGUGGUUCCUAAGCUGGCAUAUAUUGCAAUGGAAAAUUGGGGCCUUAUAACAUUUCGAGAGGACUUUAUUCUCAUAAAAAACGAUAAUAUGUUUGAAUCCGAAAAGUCAUUUAUUACUAUCGUAGCACACGAAGUUGCACAUCAAUGGUUCGGUAAUUUGGUAACGCCGAAAUGGUGGGAUGAAGUGUGGUUGAAAGAAGGUUUUGCCUCAUUUUUUGGACAUUUAGCAUUAAAACUGCUCGAGCCUGCAUUCUGGGAUUUGCAGGCCAAUUUCAUGAUCGAAUGUCACAGAGUGUUUGACAGCGACGCCAGCGAAACGGCACAUCCAUUACAUAUUGAUAUGAGGAAACUAAGUAAGCUCACCGGCAUCUUCGAUUUGACAUCGUACGUCAAGGGUAAUUGUAUGGUGCACAUGAUCUAUCAUUUUCUGGGCGAGCGGAUCUUCCUCUCAUCUAUGCGCCACUACAUGCGCAUGUAUCAUUAUCGGAACGCCGAUCAGGAGGAUCUCUGGAGCGCUUUUCAGAUGGGAAUCGAUGGAGCGAGCGGACUACCGGCUUUCUCAGAGCUUCCCAUGAAGGACGUUAUGCGAACUUGGACGUAUCAGGCUGGCUUCCCUGUCUUGCGCGUUCAACAGAACCGAGAAACCGGUGCGAUCGAGCUUACGCAGGACCGAUUUUAUCAUUAUGGCCUAAAUAGUACGAGCGAAGAGUUAUGGCACAUCCCGUUGACGUGGACAACCGAAAAUGAACAGCAAUUUGAUAAUACCCUGCCGAAGGCAUGGAUGAUCAAGAAACGCAUGAAAAUUAACGACACUGCUUUGAGCUGGGCGACUUCCAACAACCAGUGGAUUCUGUUCAAUAUCAAUCAAACGGCAUUGUAUCGUGUCAACUAUAAUGUAGAGAAUUGGAAAUUGCUAUCAAAAUCUUUCCGAGUUCUGCCGGAAAUAACCAAAAUACAAGUGCUAACUGACUCGUCUGCGAUGGCUAACGCCGGAUUGCUUGAUAAGAAAAUCAUGUGGGACAUCCUUAAGAAAGUGGAAACGGAAAGUGGAGAAACAUUGUGGACACCCGUGCUGUCUUUAUUGACUACCAUUCAAAGUCAUCUUUGGGACUCAAAUUUGUUCAAGUUUGUCAUGUGCAAGCUUAUAGAUAAAGUAUAUAACAAAAUAGCACCGACGGUGAUUAAGAAGGAUCCUGUGUUAUGGGUACACUUUGAGAUUAACGUAAUAAAAUCGGCAUGUUUGGUAGAUCAUCAAGCAUGUUUAAUGGCAGUCCACAAAUUUGCUCGAGAAAUGUUACAAAACAAAUCAUUAAACUCUGUACCAAAGGAAUUUCGCGACUGGACAUAUUGCAUAUUCAUGAAACUUGCCACGGAAGAACAAUGGCUGACACUCCUGAAAAGAUAUAAUGAAUCAGUGGCACAUGAUAAGAUAAAUCUUGCUUUCGCGUUAGGAUGUCAUUCCAAUGCAAGUCUGUUGCAAAGAUAUCUGUCCAUAAUGUUUUCACAAAGAAAUAUAACUGAAUAUGCUGAAAAUGCUCUAAAGUCUGUGGCGAUAAAUCCAAAUGGAUAUCACAUUGCAAUGAAAUACUUAACUCAACAUUGGGAUAAAUUUAACAUAAAUAAAACAGAAGGAAAUCAUCCGGAUGUUAUAACCAGUGUAUUGCUUUCCUUGAAAUAUAUUCAUCAAAAAGAAGACGUGGAAUCGCUACUACAAUUAAAAGGCAAAAACAAAAAAUAUGACGCCGUAAUUGAACAUAUUAUUAAUAAAGUUGAGACCAAUAUCGCAUGGUAUAAGAAGGAAAGAAAUGAGACAUUGAAGAUAAUUGAAGAAAUUUCUAUGGAAUUUGCCGACACGAGAAAUUGCAGAAAACAAAAUAUUAAUGAAAAUAUAUUAAAAAUUUAAUGCAAUCAUGCAAUUAUUCAACAUGAACAAAAUAAUUAUAAGUAAUUAUAAUGAAAUUAGUACAGAUUGUACAGAUUUUGAUGCCAUGACAUUCUAAUCAAGAAAUAGAUUUUUACCGAAUUAAUUUUUACCAAUAAAAAUAAUUUAAC